AUGUCGGAUCGAGAUCCUUUCCUGCUUGAGACUAAUUGGCCUGCUGUGGCAGGCUAUGUAUCGACGCGCAAGGAUACUUAUCCGUUCAUCGAUCCCUCCAAAGUCGACUUGACGGGUAAGUCGGUCUUGAUCACGGGCGCCUCCAAGGGGAUCGGCAAGGCGACCGCGAUCAGCUUCGCCAUCGCAGGCUGCUCGAAGAUAUUGCUAGCCGCUCGUUCGGACCUAGCCAACGUCGAGACAGCCGUCCACGACGCCGCUAGAAAGGCAAACCGGCCUCAGCCAUCCGUGUAUUCCCUCAAGGUGGAUGUAACCUCGGAGGACUCCAUGCGAGUGGCCUCCGAGACUGCGGCAAACGUGCUCGGUGGUAGCCUCGAUAUUUUGAUAAACAACGCGGGCUACUUGGAGGAGUGGAAGUCCAUUACCGAGUCCAAGCCGAGCGAGUGGUGGCGGACUUGGGAGGUCAACAUUAAAGGCACCUAUCUCGCGGUCCACUUUUUCGUGCCGCUGCUGCUCAAGUCGCAAACCAAGACAGUCAUCAAUAUCAGCAGCGGUGGUGCCCACGUCAUGUUUCCCGGUGCGUCGGCUUACCAGACUACCAAGUUUGCCCUCUGCCGCCUGACCGAAUUCAUGGACAAGGAGUAUCGCGAUCAGGGUUUAAUUGCCAUCUCACUCCAUCCGGGUGCCGUUCAGACCGAGCUGGCCAUGAACAUGCCCCUGGAGAGGCAGGCCGUAUUGACCGAUACGCUGGAACUACCUGCUGACACGCUGGUGUGGCUCACCCGUGAGCGACGCGACUGGCUCGCUGGCCGAUUUGCCUCGGUGAGCUGGGAUAUGGAGGAGCUGGAGCAGAAGAAGGAAGAUAUUCUCCAAAGAAACUUGCUCAAGUUCCGCGUGACGAUUUGA